AUGUCUGAUGUUUCUGCUGCAGAUGGGGUGGACUCUGAGCGUGACUGCAGUUAUCAGGAUGUUUUAAAUCACCUGCAGCUGAACCAAAGCAACGAGUUGUACACAAUGACCCGCCCCGUUAAAAACUACAAGCGCCCCACGUUGGUAUCCCUGGAGGUUCUGCUGUACGCCAUUCUGGAUGUGGUUGAAAAAGACCAGCAAUUCAUCCCUUAUGUUUGGACUGUCAUGAGGUGGCACAACGACUACAUUUCCUGGGAUCCAAAUGAGUUUUGUGGAAUCAAUAAUGUUUCUAUUCCUUCUGGAAUGCUGUGGAAGCCAGAUAUUACUAUUGAAGAGAUGACAGAGAAGGACAAAGCCCCUCCGAGUCCUUAUCUCACCAUCAAUGAUAAAGGGGACGUCGAAGUCCAGAACGACCAGGUGCUGAUCAGCAGCUGCAGGAUGCACACUUACAAAUUCCCUUUCGACAUACAGAGUUGCAACCUCACCUUCAAGUCUGUCAUACACACUAGUAAAGACAUUCGGCUCCACGCCACCGACAACUCUUCAGAGGCCACAGAGUGGUCUCGUGAGCUGAUGCGGACCCAGUACGAAUGGCUGUUCAUCAACAUGAAAGUUACUACCAACAAUGCCAGUGAUAUUGUCGGCCAAGACAUGGUUAUUUACACCAUCACCAUGAAGAGGCGGUCUAUCCUCUACAUCGUCAACUUCUUGAUGCCCGUCCUGUUCUUCUUGUGUCUGGACUUGGCCUCCUUUCUGAUCUCAGACAACGGGGGAGAGAAGCUCAGCUUCAAGGUCACGGUGCUGCUUGCCGUCACUGUGUUGCAACUUAUUCUGAAUGAAAUUCUGCCCGCCUCUUCAAACAGAAUUCCUCUUAUAGCGCUCUACUGCAUUGGGAUUUUUUCUCUGAUGCUGCUGAGCCUCCUGGAGACGAUAGUGGUGAUGCAUCUGAUAGAGAAAGACUCCCAAGCAUCCAAAGACUCUGAGGCAGAUAAAGGCCGGAGUGAGGGCGGUAACAAGCGGGGCAAGGCCAAUUUCCAAAACUCUCACGGAGGGCAAUAG